AUGCGCGGAGCGCGGCGCGCGCGGCUGUUGGGCCGCUGGCUGGGGGGCUCUGGGAUAUGCUGCGUCUCCGCUAGCUGUCUGCUGUGAGUCACGAGCCGCCGUGAACACCCGGAUUCCAGCGGGCGCUUGCGAGCACGGGGGCAUCGCCCGCAGUGGCCAAGCUCAUGGCCGGCUGAGCGGGACGCCGCCGCCGCCUCAGCCGCCGCCGCCGCCGCCGCCUCUUCCUCCUCAGCCGGCGGCGGCCCGGGCCCAGCAGCCAUGGCCGAAGACUACUGGGACGGGCGCCUGCGGCGAACUGGAGGAAAAGGAGGUCGCGCGGCCUCAUCCCGGGCCGCCGCCCCAGGCGCCACCGCGCCGGCCCCGCGGCUCUGAGGUUACUCGCGCGCCCCCUCCGGUCGCCAUGGAUCGGAUGAAGAAGAUCAAACGGCAGCUGUCAAUGACACUCCGAGGGGGCCGAGGCAUAGAUAAGACCAAUGGUGUCCCUGAGCAGAUAGGCCUGGAUGAGAGUGGUGGCGGUGGUGGCAGUGACCUUGGAGAAGCUCCCACCCGUAUUGCCCCUGGGGAGCUUCGCUCUGUUCGGGGCCCACUCAGCUCUGCACCAGGUCUACCUGGGUUUCCCAGUCUGCUCUAGGGGCCAUGUACACAAAUGGAUACGAUGAAGAAAUAUAUUAUAUUGGGGGAAAGAGAGUGUUCUUGACUCCAAAGGCCUGGCCUUUCCCUCUCCCCACCCCAGAGAUUGUGCACGAGGACAUGAAGAUGGGAUCUGAUGGGGAGAGUGACCAGGCUUCAGCCACAUCCUCAGAUGAGGUGCAGUCUCCAGUGAGAGUGCGCAUGCGCAACCACCCCCCACGCAAGAUCUCCACUGAGGACAUCAACAAACGCCUGUCACUACCAGCUGACAUACGGCUGCCUGAGGGCUACCUUGAGAAGCUGACCCUCAAUAGCCCCAUCUUUGAUAAGCCUCUUAGCCGGCGCCUCCGCCGAGUCAGUUUGUCUGAGAUUGGCUUUGGAAAACUGGAGACCUACAUCAAGCUAGACAAGCUGGGUGAGGGUACCUAUGCCACUGUCUACAAAGGCAAAAGCAAGCUCACAGACAACCUUGUAGCACUUAAGGAGAUCAGACUGGAACACGAAGAAGGGGCACCCUGUACUGCUAUCCGGGAAGUAUCCCUGCUUAAGGACCUCAAGCAUGCCAACAUCGUCACACUACAUGACAUUAUCCACACAGAGAAGUCCCUCACACUUGUCUUUGAAUACUUGGACAAGGACCUGAAGCAGUACCUGGAUGACUGUGGAAAUGUCAUCAACAUGCACAAUGUGAAACUGUUCCUGUUCCAGUUGCUCCGUGGCCUGGCCUACUGCCACAGGCAGAAGGUGCUACACCGAGACCUCAAGCCCCAGAACCUACUCAUCAACGAGAGGGGAGAGCUCAAACUGGCAGAUUUUGGCCUGGCUCGUGCCAAGUCAAUUCCUACUAAAACAUACUCCAACGAAGUGGUGACACUGUGGUACCGGCCCCCUGACAUCCUACUUGGGUCCACAGACUACUCUACCCAAAUUGACAUGUGGGGUGUAGGCUGCAUCUUCUAUGAGAUGGCCACCGGCCGGCCCCUCUUCCCAGGCUCCACAGUGGAAGAACAGCUGCACUUCAUCUUCCGCAUUUUGGGAACCCCAACUGAGGAGACAUGGCCAGGUAUCCUGUCCAAUGAGGAGUUUAGAACAUACAACUACCCCAAGUACCGAGCCGAGGCCCUUCUGAGCCAUGCACCCCGACUUGAUAGCGAUGGAGCUGACCUCCUCACCAAGCUGCUGCAGUUUGAGGGUCGCAAUCGGAUCUCUGCUGAGGAUGCCAGGAAACAUCCAUUCUUUCUCAGCUUGGGGGAGCGGAUCCACAAACUUCCUGACACUACUUCCAUAUUUGCACUAAAGGAGGUACAGCUACAAAAGGAGGCCAACAUUCGGUCCACUUCUAUGCCUGACUCAGGCAGGCCAGCUUUCCGUGUGGUGGAUACCGAGUUCUAAGCCAAGUUUUAAGCCACAGACAGACCAAGGCCCCAGCAGGCAGCGGCUGGAGGGAUGCCACACCCCUUACAGGGCAGCCCCCAUCUGCAAUCCUCCCUGCUUGUUGCCUGCUUACCUGCCUGAGCCACACUCCCCUGCCAACUUGUCCCCUGCCACCUGCCCAAACACCAAACCACUGGCCUGGCCUGUCAACCCAACCAUUGGCCUGUCUGCUGGGUGCUAACAAAGCUCUCACCACUACUUUGCUUGAUGUGUCUGUCUCUGUCUUGGUAGUUGCUGGUGAACAGAAUGGCCAUGCCAGGUUUCCACACUAAGGCUAGGCCUUCCCCUCUAAAUCACACUCUCUCCCAGGACCACUACCCCAUGGCCAGCCAGGGAUUUGGAGCUAGCCCAGGCCAGGCUCUUAAUUGACUUUGACUAGAAGGUAGUGAGUGAUGCCUUGGGUCUGAGCAUCCUCUGCCUGCUUGCCACCUGUCCCACUUGCCUCUGUUGUAUGGGCCUUCUUUUUUGUUAGUUUCUUUUAUUGUUUUUUUAUUAUUUUAAAUGAGGUUCUCACUUUUUAAUGCAAUAUCUCUGUAUACAGACUGGUUGGGCGCUACUCCCUGAGUAUGGCCCUCCUACAGUAUUUUGUGCAAUGAAGUCCCACUCCCAGCCUUUGAGAGGUAGGGACCCAGACCCUAUUCAGAUCCUGACCAUCACUAUACCCUGGGAUUGGCUAUGGGAAAGCAUGCCUCAGCCACUCACCUUCCUCCCCUACCUAGUGUCCCCAGCUAUAGGGGGACCUGAGAACUACCAGAGACUGGGAGAUGGACAUGGUGGGGGCUACUUUUUCCCUCCUUUAGUCCCGUAGCCAGGGCCUCUUUCCUUCUCAGGGUCUUCCCCAGCCCAGCUCUGCCUAGCCCUCCUGUCCUGUCCUACUCGGUGCUGUUGAGUAGGGGCUCUGCCAGGAAUUGACCAGCUUAGUGAGGAGCCAUAUAUAAUAUGUGCACAAGCAGGGGGACAUGUGCGAGCUUGUGCCCAAUUGUAACACUCCAGUCCCUAGGAGGGUAAGGCAGGCCAAGGACAGUCUCCUGGAUGUAUGGUUUGCUCCCCUUCCUCCACCUUAAGCCUUGGGACCCUUAAGCGGGGUGGGAGGGCAAGGGAGGGUGCCCUCCUAGUGGGGUUUGGGGGGAUUGGGUUCCUGAAUGCACCAUAAUUGCUGUAUGAAAUAUUAAAAAAAAGUCUAAAGUUCAAA